AAUAUACUGAAGAUAUAAUUGUGACUGCUAAACUUACAUCUGCCUCUCUAUUUCAAGGCUUCUGGAGCAGCUGGAAAAACAGGAAGCUUAGGGAAGAAACCUGAAAUUGCCCAAGUUAUUGCCUCUUACACAGCAACGGGUCCAGAACAACUCACCCUUGCUCCUGGUCAGUUGAUUCUUAUCAGAAAGAAGAACCCAGGUGGCUGGUGGGAAGGAGAGCUCCAAGCACGAGGGAAAAAACGACAAAUAGGAUGGUUUCCUGCUAAUUAUGUCAAACUUUUGAGCCCUGGUACCAGUAAAACUACACCAACCGAGCUACCUAAAUCAACAGCAUUACCUUCAGUGUGCCAAGUAAUUGGCAUGUAUGACUACACUGCACAGAAUGAUGAUGAGCUAGCAUUCAAUAAAGGCCAGAUUAUAAACGUCCUUAACAAGGAAGACCCAGACUGGUGGAAAGGGGAGGUGAAUGGACAAGUGGGUCUCUUCCCAUCCAACUAUGUGAAGCUGACAACAGAUACGGACCCAAGCCAGCAAUGGUGUGCAGACUUGCAUCUUCUGGAUAUGCUGACACCUACUGAAAGAAAAAGGCAGGGAUACAUCCAUGAGCUCAUUGUCACAGAAGAGAACUAUGUAAAUGAUUUGCAGUUGGUCACAGAGAUCUUCCAGAAACCACUAAUGGAAUCUGAGCUGCUAACAGAAAAGGAAGUUGCUAUGAUUUUUGUUAAUUGGAAGGAACUGAUUAUGUGCAAUAUAAAACUACUGAAGGCCUUGCGUGUGCGUAAGAAGAUGUCUGGAGAGAAGAUGCCAGUGAAAAUGAUUGGCGACAUCCUGACAGCUCAGCUGCCACACAUGCAGCCAUACAUUCGGUUCUGUAGCUGCCAGCUCAAUGGGGCAGCACUCAUUCAGCAGAAAACAGAUGAAGUCCCCGAAUUCAAGGAGUUUGUAAAAAGGUUAGCAAUGGAUCCUCGCUGUAAAGGAAUGCCACUAUCAAGUUUUCUACUAAAGCCUAUGCAACGGGUAACAAGAUACCCACUAAUAAUUAAAAAUAUAAUAGAAAACACUCCUGAAAACCAUCCUGACCACAGUCACUUGAAGCAUGCUCUUGAAAAAGCAGAAGAAUUAUGUUCUCAAGUAAAUGAAGGAGUGCGAGAGAAAGAAAAUUCAGAUAGGCUGGAGUGGAUCCAGGCUCAUGUUCAGUGCGAAGGCCUCUCUGAGCAACUCGUAUUUAAUUCUGUUACAAACUGCUUGGGACCACGCAAGUUUCUGCACAGUGGGAAGCUCUAUAAAGCCAAGAGUAACAAGGAACUGUAUGGCUUUCUGUUCAACGAUUUCCUCCUCUUGACUCAGAUCAUAAAACCUCUUGGCUCUUCUGGCACAGACAAGGUCUUCAGCCCCAAGUCUAAUCUGCAGUACAAAAUGUACAAAACUCCCAUUUUUCUAAAUGAAGUACUAGUAAAAUUACCCACAGACCCUUCUGGAGAUGAGCCCAUUUUCCAUAUCUCCCACAUUGACAGAGUCUAUACACUCCGGGCUGAAAGCAUUAAUGAAAGGACUGCAUGGGUUCAGAAAAUUAAAGCUGCUUCGGAACUUUACAUAGAGACUGAAAAGAAGAAGAGGGAAAAGGCCUACUUAGUUCGCUCACAAAGAGCAACAGGCAUUGGGAGGUUGAUGGUAAAUAUUGUUGAAGGCAUUGAACUAAAACCUUGCAGAUCCCAUGGAAAGAGUAAUCCAUACUGUGAGGUGACGAUGGGAUCUCAGUGCCACAUUACCAAGACAAUGCAGGACACCCUCAAUCCGAAGUGGAACUCCAACUGCCAGUUCUUUAUCAAAGACCUCGAGCAGGACGUACUCUGCAUCACGGUGUUUGAGAGGGACCAGUUCUCCCCAGAUGACUUUUUGGGCAGAACAGAGAUCCGUGUGGCAGACAUUAAGAAGGAUCAGGGUUCAAAGGGACCAGUUACAAAGUGUCUCCUUCUCCAUGAAGUCCCAACAGGAGAGAUAGUCGUCCGACUAGACCUGCAAUUGUUUGAUGAGCCUUAGAAGGAAAGGGACCAAUGCUUUUUUUUUUUGGUCUGAAUUCACUGCAAUAUAGGUAUCUGCAGAAGCUGUCACAAAACCCUUAUUGGUUUGGUAUGAAACUACUGCUUGCCCUUCACACACAAGAGGGUUAUCAAAGCAAACAGGAGCAUCUUUGUGCCUUGAUAAUUCUCACUGAAAAACGAGUCCCAGUUUAGUGAGGAAGUCUCCCUCAAUUUCUCUAUGUGGAACUUGAUGUUAGUUUCCUGGGUUUAUGAAGUAACCUGGUUGUUCGUUGUACUGCAGCCUGAAAGGCUGGCACACCACAUAGGUCCCCGUGCUUGCUCCAGUUACUCUACUCGUUAAUUUACAUGAAGAAGGCAAUGUUGGUAUGUUUGGUGGCUUUCUGCAGGGUUUUCCCCCAUAAGGAAUUCUGUGCCUAUUGCUCAGCAAAGUGGCGUGUAAAUGUUUUGUGAAUGGAACAAGCAGUUAUGCAGUAAGAAGAUCUCUGGAGAUCUUCAUGGCGAUACUGAAAAUAUUUAGAAAAUAAAUAGUCUAUAUCUAUAAACAGAGAAGAUUCUAUUAACAUACCACUUCAUGACUCACAUUGCCCCCAGAAUAAAUUACGUGCAGGCCUUGUGCACAGAGAUGAGUUGCACUCCAGAAGAGUCAGAGUCCACCCACUCAGUACCUUUGGAAGAAGUAUUUGAACAGUGAGUGAAGGACGGAAUAUAGAGUUCUGCUGAAUGUUGUGCUAUACCACUUUGAUCCUGUUUUACUACUGCUGCUCAGUUGUGUGAAUGCAGAUGGAUGUUCCGUCACCUGCAGUGAGGAAGGAAAACAAUGAUGGCUCUAGCUCAGGAAGCUCAUUUCUACCCCACAGAGUCUAGUUUGCAAAGCAAUCAGUGGUGACCAGUUAUUAAACUGUACUGUGCCUGACUGCAUUCGACAUCGUGUUGCUGAAUUCAGGGCAAUAGCACAUUGUCACUCACAGCAGUGUUUGCUGCAAACCGGGCUGGUCACAAAGUUGGUGGCAAAGAUGGUAGACGUGAACAGAACGGAGUGUUUGUGAUUGUAUGGAGUGGGUAACUCCAGGGUAAUGUCUUUUUCAUCUUGGGGAACACAAAAGGUUAUAUAUGUGUUUAACUCAACACAUAGCACACGUACAGGCCAACGUCCAGCGAACUUCCCACGUUUGGCAAACCAUCUGUCCCUAAGUGCACACAUAGGUUGUGUUUCCCUUAAGUACACAACUAAGUGCUUUGCUAAGACUGGAUGUGACAGACCCCUAAGAGUAAAAUUCAUCUUUCUUUGUUCUGCCUGGAAUCAUUUCGUACAUUACCUAUCAUGCAUACACUGGUAUUUUUGUAAUGACUUUAAUUCUGAAUGGGAGGUGUCAGCCUGUUCCAUUAGCAUGUGAAUGUUCUCGUGGAGCCUGUUGUUAGGUUUUGAUGUUCUUUGCAUGUCCUUUCAGUACUGGUUUCCACCUUCCCUGUAUAGAUGGUGUUCUCUAGCACUACAAUUCUUAUUGAUUUCCAUUAGGAAAUUAGGAUAUAUUCAUAACGAAUAGGUAGAAACAGUAUGGUAAUAAGUGUAAACUGUGCUGGGAAGUGUCUGUGUAUUAUAAUUUCCUACGAGACCACUGUAAUGUUUCAAGCAAUGGGAAAAAAUGUAUGUUGGAGGGACAACAAAGUUUACAUUUCAUACUUUUCAGAAUCGCUUUAUUAUUUAUUUAUUGAAGAUAGUGUAGAAUUUUGUAUCAGAAAUGACAGACAUACUUAUGUAUUUUUUGAAACAGAAAAGCAGAGAUACACACUUUAGUUAGAAACUUUCAACUGAUCACAUUUUAGAGGGAGUGCAACUUCCUGGGCAUGCAUUUGGUUACCACUAACUGGCAGAAAACAUGAUUAAGAGAACUUUAAGUUUCUAUUUUUCAAUGUUGUUAAGAAAAUUGUUUCGAUUAAAAUAUGUAAAUAGUACUAAACCCAUGUUUUCCUAAUUCCAUAUCAAUACAUUUUAUUAAAUAUAACGUAUAUGAAAAUACACGUUGUUGUGGUAGAAUUAAAAAAAAAGUGAUAAAAUCUAUUAAUGGGUAACAUUAAAUGUCAUUGUCUAACCUUUUA